AGGUUACAUUUUAUUUUUAUUUCGCUGUGUAUAUUUACUAUGCUUAUUUACCUUCUCGCUUUAUUUUCACAAAAUGCAUCUAUGAAAUUCAAAAAUUAAUUAAAUGUGCCAUAAAUUACUAUUAUGAGUCACUUACUUUCACAUGUAAACAAGAAUACAAUUCAACUUGCCAGUCGGGUGACUGCGAAAAUUCAAGAGAAACUGGUGAAAAUUGCGCUAGACUCAGUUUUGUAUAAUAAACACGAUGUGGAAGAUGUUGAAAACUUCGCAAAGGCCAGUGGUUUGGAGAUGGACGAAGUAUUGGAUUUAAUUGGAUUUCACAUAUCGGUCAUCCGUAUAUUUAUGCAAUCGGAUGAGAAGCAAUUUUGGGAAAGUUUAAUAUCGUUAGGGUGCAAUGAAGCGUUUAUCAAACAGUUUCCGCUCAAACACAAAGUUCACCACUUUAACUGCAAUUUGUACAAAUCCGGAAAGAACGUGCAGAGAUUGUCGGGUUUUAAGUGGAGAGUUGAUAUCAGCUUUACUAGCGGCAUACUGAAAAAGCAAGUUGCACCGACCGUCAUAAUUAAUUUAGAGCUGAAUACAGGACACAAGUAUAUCGUUGAAAUCGAUUUGAAGACGUUUCAUAAAUUAAGAUUUAAUAUUGCUUUGGCGGUAAAAGAAAACAUGUUGCUGGAGAAUUCUAGUUUAUUGAGAAAUAGAAGCGUUACGAUGUAGUUAACCUACUGUGAUUAUUAAUUCGACCAACCAUAACUCUGUGAUUUGUAUUUAACUAUUAAUCGUAAUAAAUUGAUAUCAU